UCCAUGCGCCCCGGCAAUGGCCCGCCAUCUCGCCGGGCGUCGAUUGAUUGCAACUCGCCAAUUGGCGCCGGCGGCGGAGCUCCCUCUCCCUUCCCGACCACGGGCAUCCUGGCGGCCGGGUCGCCGCAAUUGAAUGUCGGCUCGGCGGCGCUCACGGCCCAGCACCAUGGCGAUGUGGAGGCGACCCUGCGCCGAGCUCCGGGCCCGGGUUCGCCUCAUGAAUUCCUCCGGGACGAGGUCGGCCCGUCGGCGGUGGCCACCGUCACCGGUGGCGGCGGGUUGCCAUGGCUCGGAGCUGGGCAGGGAGGCGCAUCGUCCCCCUCGCCAAGCCUGCCGGCCCAUGGGUCGCCAAGUAUCGUGUCUGGCUUUCACCAUCUGCCCCGGCGGCGAAGCUCCCUCCCCGAGGGCUCCAUGAUGGCCUACCAUCACCAGGGCGGUGGGGGGGCCUACCUGUCGGACCGGUCGGUGGUGGUUCACUACCCGGCUGCCAUGGGGGGAGGCCACGGGGGGCAUUCGGCUUCGCAAUUGGCGGGACCCUCCUCUUCGACCUCUUCGGCCGCCGGCGUCGCCGCCGCUGCCGCCUCAUCGUCGUCCUCGGGUGCAUCGACCGGGUCGGCCGUCGCGGGUUCAGGCUCGGCAGGGUCCGUGGUCCUUCAUCCCUCACAGGACCCGGAUGAUUUGAUGCCCGGCGGAGGUGCUUGCUCCUCGGGGUCUGGCGGCGGCAUGCUGUUGACGGCCAUCCCCGAGCCGCUGGCCGGCGAGUCGGCCGGCGAGGAAUCCGAUGCCGGCAUGUCAUCCUGCACCAGUGGCGGGUCGCUUGCCCUGUCCAGCUCCGUGGGCGAUCUCGCGGCCACGGUGGUGGUCCCCGGGGGCGGACCCUCCUCGCGGUCGUGCUCGCCCUACUCGCGGCCGAGUUCGCGGCCGGAUACGCCGCAGAUGUCGGCCACCGGCGGCGGCCCGGCCGAGCGCAGCAGUCUUUCCAGUCGCAUCGCCAUGUCCCCUCAGCGCCGUGCAUCCCUCCCGCUUCCGAGCUUGAACUACGCACACCUAAGUGGCGGUGGCGGCGGCGGCCCAGACGAAUCGGUCUCAUCUGACUCGUUGGCCAAAACCGUGCAGUCCCUCUCGCAGGCGGUCGGCGGCGGGGCCUUCGUCAAUUUGGAUGCCCUGCCACUGACCCCCUCGUCGCCGCUGCCACGGCGGACGCCGAACUGUAGCAGCAAGGCGUCCCUGCUGAACCCCCGCGCGGAGGACCCGCUUCUGGUGGAUCCGCAUCGCGGCGGCCGGCGUCGGCACAGCAUCCAGCUCACCUCGCAGGGGACUGGCAGCGAGUCGCUCGUGUCGACUGACUCGAAGUCCGGCUUGGCGGCGGCGGCGGCGGCGGCGGCGGCGGCUGCGGCGGCGGCGGCGGCCGCCGCAGAUAUGGCUCUGGAGUCCAGCUCUUCGCAGGAUCUGUCCAAGAUGGCGGCGGCCACGGCCGCGGCCAGUGGCUACCCGGCGCCGACCUUCCCCUCGUCUCUCGGGUCGAUGGUGGCCGUGGCGGGCGGAAAUGGCGUUGCCGGGAGCAGGGCCCCCGGGGGCGGUCCCGGUGGCUCGCUGAGCUUCGCCCCGGAGGUGGUGUCGCAUCUGCAGUUGGAUCUGCGAUACCACGGGCCGGGUGGGGCUGGCAGCGACCCGAGGCCCGGCAAUGGGCGUCUCUAUUCGUCGGCCACCGCCGGUGGCAGCUCCACCGGCGGCGGCAGCGGCGGGCCCACCGGCGGCGGAUAUGAUCGUGGUCUUGUUGAUGACAUGGACACUCGGACCAGUUCCCCCGAGUUCGUCCAUGGUAUCGGAGUCGGGGGCCCGCACAUGGGCCUGGCUCCCGGGCCUGGGCCCGGGCUCAUUGCCAGCAGCAGUGGCAACGCCAGCGAUGGGAAUUUCAGCUGCAUGAGUCGCAGCAGCAGCAGCAGCAGUGUCGGCAGCCUGGGUGGCGGUCGGAGCAGUAACUCCUCCACGGAGUUCUCCCAAGCCGCGGCCCUGCAUCCGGAGAGCAUGAUCACUGCGCCGUAUGCCAGCAUGCUGCUGAGCACCAAUCAUCCUGGCAGUGUGCCGGCCGGGGCGGGGUCCUUCCACCAGACUGCCCAGCAGCAGCAGCAGCAGCAGCAGCAUGGCCCGGGGCGACCGCUCUGGCUGAGCGAGGUCGCCGCUUCCGGGAGCACGACCGCCGGCAGCCCACAUGUGGAUUCCGUCCUGCAGCAGCAGCGCCAUUUGCAGCAGCAGCAACAGCAGCAACAGCAGAAGCAGUCCACCUCCGGCGGGAGCUUGGGGAUGACGCGCUCGGCGCCGGCACGCGAAUUGGCCCCCCGUCGGCCUGGUGGUGCUCCCAUGCCUCUUCUUCCGGCGUCUGCCGCCGCCGCUGCCAUGGUCAGUGAAUAUGCGUCCGGUGGCUUUGCCGAGGCCACGGCGACGGACCACUCGCGCAGUGAUUUCUACUUCAGCGAUGACUCCAUGCAGUCGUCCUUCCCCCUGGGCCAUGGUGACGCCGUGUUAGAUAUGGCCGCGACCGGCUAUCAUGUCACAGGUGGGAGACCCCAACACCGACUGUACUACUUCGAUCCACAGCAACAGGGCCUGAGCUCGUCGGCCGGCAGUUCGUCCGACCCCCAGGCCCUGUCCGACUCAUCGACCGCCGCUUCGGCGGUCUACUAUUACCCAUCACAAGUGCAGCAGCAGCAGCAGCAGCAGCAGCAGCAGCAGCAGCAGCAGCAACAGCACGUGCACCACAUGUCGCAGCACCAGCUGCGCACAACGGCCCCGGGAACUUCCUCCUCCUCCUCCUCCUCGAGGCAUCACCACUCGGACUCCGAGGCGUACAUGCUUCAAGCAAGCGGAGCCUCGCUACAUAGCGAUGGCGGGUAUGUCUCGCCGCCGCCGCCGCCGCCGCCACACAUGCCCUUCCCGACGGGCGCCGGUCCUGGAGGGAAUGUCGGCAGUGCGACAUUCUCCGGGUCCCCGUCGCCCGGUGGCGGAAGUAGCAGUGGCAACAGCAGCAGCAGCAGCAGCAGCAGCAGCAGCAGCAACAGCAGCAGCAGCAGCAGCAGCAGCAGCAGCAGCAGUGGCGGCGGCAUGGCUGGCGGCCCUGGCCCGAUGCGACAUGCCGCCGAUCUGGCCCCCAGUUUGCGCCGGUCGGCGUCGCACGGGCCCGAGGGAGGAGGGGCCCCUCAUGGUGGCAGUGGCGGCGGGCGUGUGGACUUCCCACGGCCCUCGGUCUCGGCCGAGCGGGUUCUCUUUGCCCCGGGCCCCGGCGGCAGCGGCUCUGGCAGUGGCUCCCAGCCUGCGAUGGUGGACUCCCAGGGGGGGUCGACGGCGACUGGGGCCACGGCACUGUUACACCCGCACGCCGGGGCCGGGGCCGGUCCGCCGGCUCGAUACAUGCCGACCUUCUCGCAUGGGGCCCCUGGCAGUAAUGUCAACGCCGGGCUGCUGCCCCUGUCGCAGUAUUUGCACGCAGCCCCGGACGCCGGCAGCGGCAGCAAUGCCGGCCCGAUGCAUGGCAGUAUGGAUUCGGCAGAGAUGCCGGCCGGUCCUGGCGGGGGCGGCAGUCUCCCCUCGCCCUCAGGACCUGCUACUGCUAGCGCCGGCCCUGCUGCUGCUGCUGCUGCUGCUGCUGCUGCUAAUGCUGCUGCCGGUGGCAAUGGUACCCGGUUGGCCGGCCCCAACAUCGGCAGCCUUCCCCGACCGAUGCUCCACCAUGUUCUUGGCGGUGGUAGCGGGGCCGGUGGCAGUGGCUCAGAGUUUUUCGCCACUGCCGCCGGCGGCACCCCGCUGGGGGCCGAUCCCGCCGGGGUUUAUUCCUCCGGGGGGAAUGGCAGUGUCCCGGGCGGCAGUGCCUCAGGCACGCUGGCCACCAGCCACGCGUCCAGCGAGUACUCCAGCCCGGUGAUCAAUGGCUCGGUGUACUCCUUCGCCGGCUUCAUCGAGCACACCCCCUUCAAUUCGGCCCUCUCGCACAUGGAGCUCAGCUCGUCUCUCUCCAACCCGGCGGACGACUUCUCGCCGAUGUAG